CAUUCAAGAUGGCGUCCGUUGAAUUCAUUGAUCUACCAAUCAUCGACUUUGCAAAGGCCAAGACUGACAGACAAGAGCAGGCCAAAAAAAUAGUUGAAGUCUUGGAAAGCGUAGGAUUUGCAUUCAUCGACAACGUGCAAGGCAUAAAUUUCAAGGGUUUAUGGGAUUGCUGCCAAUGGUUCUUCGCUAAACCCGUGGAGUUCAAACGGAAGAUAAUGCGACAGCAGUGGAAUCCGGAAAACUCCAACAUAUACCGAGGCUAUUUUCCGGUAGUCCCAGGUGAACCGAGUAGAAAGGAGGCCUUUGGGUGUGGCCGAGACGUUAAGGAAGAUGAUCCGACUGUUUCCAAGACAAACUGGUUUUAUGAGAAGUCAACCUGGCCUGUUGAAGAUGGGACUUUACCAUUCAAGGAAUUCCUCCAGGGGCAGUACGAAUGCAUGCACGAAGCCUGUAUGGAAUUGCUCCGAUUGUGCGCAAUUGGUCUUGGCAUUCCAGAAGAAUCGUUAACUGAUCUUUUCAACCCGAACCCGUGCUCAACAUUUAGAAUAUUGCACUAUCCACCUUGGGUGGGGGAGCCCCCUGCGAUUGCCAUGCUAGAAGAUGGAAAAGUGGUCACCACACCUGAACACACAGAUUCCGACUUCAUGACCCUUCUGACACCCUUCCAUUUCGGUGGUCUGGAGGUUAUGCAAGCCAAUGGAACGUGGGCCGAAGUGAAUACAAGACCCGGUAGUCUGAUUAUGAACAUUGGCGACACCUUCUCGCGAAUGCUUGGGGGACGUUUCAAGGCGACCCGUCAUCGAGUCCUCGAUAUCGGCGAGGACCGGUAUUCUGUUCCGUUCUUUCUUAGCCCCAAAUUUCACGGCGACAUCGGGAUAAAUUUCCUGUCGCAGUAUACGGAAGAUGGGGAUGCCCACGUUCCCGAGAGAUUUGGACCCUGGGUCUUGUACACGAUGAAGCACAAGAAGAAAUACUUUGAGUAUAAAGUUCUGCCUGAGUUCGAGGAUGUUUAAUCUGGUAUAAUAUUAAUCAGGUGAUAAAUCUGGUGUAAGAUUAAUCAGGUGAUCAAUAUGGUGUAAGAUUAAUCAGGUGAUUUAUAGAAGGUAAGAUUAAUCUGGUAUACUAUUAAUCAGGUGUUAAUCUGCUUUAAGAUUUAUCAGGUGAUGAAUAUGGUUUAAGAUUUAUCAGGUGAUCAAUAUGUUGUAAGAUGUAUCAGGUGAUCAAUAUGGUGUAAGAUUUAUCAGGAGAUUAAUCUGGUCUAAGAUUUAUCAGCUGAUCUAUAUGGUUAAGAUUUAUCCGGUGAUCAAUAUGGUAUAAGAUUAAUCCGGUGAUUUAUAGGGUGUAAGAUUAAUAUGGUUUAAGAAUAAUCAGGCAAUAAACAUUGAUAUAUGACAUGCAUGUAAAUCUUUUAGCAUUGGCAUAUAAUUCUUCCUUCGACCCGCCUCGUAAAUUCAUGUACUCGAAC